UUUGAUGAGCGUGAGCGUUCCUUGGCAAUGACUUGUCACCAUUGCAAUAAGCUAGGUCAUGUCAGGCGUGAUUGUAGGCGUAGACUGGGUUUGUGUCUCGUCUGUGGGUCACCAGAUCAUCGUGUUGCCAGGUGUCCUCGCCGUCAGUUUGCAGGUCAGGGGUAUCCUGAGAACCGUGCUGAACGCGGCAGGUCAAUGAGUCCUGGUAUGAUGAACGAUAGGUCGGCUUGAGAUUCCCGAAAUCAGCGGGUCCACUUUGAAGCUGACAGGAGUGAAGAGAACAAAAGCCAGUUAAACUCGUACAGUCCGAGAUGGAGGGAGUCACCUCGGAACUAGAAGUCAAGUUAUCUCCCACACCUCUCACAUUUGCAAGUCGCGACGAUCAGCUGGUUUUAGCUGAGAAAACUGAGUGUAUAACUUGUGAUACUGAGAAACCAGCUACUGAACCUAUCUGUGACAAUCUGGUGCCCUCUGUAGAAGAUGGGCCUGGUGAAGUAGUUGACCCUGCUGUGGUCGCCAUUAACCUGUCGAGGCUUAAACCUGCAUCUCUGAUGAAAAUUCCUGUUCGUAUUGACAGGAAAGAACUGUCAGCGCUAGUUGAUUCCGGUCCCACUGCAAGUCUCAUAAGGACUAGUGUAGUGGAAGUUGUUCCAUGUACUGAUGAACUCCAAGAUGUUAUUGGAUUGGGAGGUACCACUCGCGCUUUGGGAAAGAUUUCUUGUCGAGUUGAAUGUCGUGGCGUCACUUGUGUUGAUUCGUCUUUCUUGGUUGUACCUGAUUCCUGUCUUGAGCAUGACGUCAUUCUUGGUAGUGAUUUCCUGACAGCCAACCGUUUGAUUGUAGAUAUGGAGAAACGAGCCUUGCGGCAGAAUUUUGAGAUUGGUUGGACUGACGU